AUGCCCUCGCCUGUGGCCCAAAGGUCGUGCAAGGUCGUGCGGACUACCAUCCGAGUGGGGUUUCAUCUACGUCUCGGUCGCUAUCUAAUUUCAACGUUCUCCCAGCUGCAUAACGGUGCAAGGAUGAGACGGGGCGCGUCCCGACGCCGCAUUUAGGCCGUUUUUUUUAUUUUUACUGGGGCUCAUAAAUUGCAAUCCUUCGGGUUGGCUGGGACCGCUAGAAAAAGAGCUAAAAGAGGUUAUAAAGCAACGACGGCAAGCAAUUGGGUGAAAGUCAAACCCCUGCGCGCAAAGAGCGCUGCGCAGAUCAAAACUCGCCGAGCACCUAACGCGGACUCCAACGGGCGGUGA